AAACUAACUGUUGCGUUCACUUGCCGCACUCGGAAGUAUUUUAUAGGGAAACGUGAGUAAAAACGUUAAGUGCUUUCCGUGAUAUGUGACACUUGAUCCUUUGUGCCUUUGUUAUUGUUUUUUUUUUAUUUGAAUUUUGUUGAUAGUGGUUGAAAUCUGUUGGCAGCUUUCCGUUCAAAAUUUUUCAAUACAAAAUUUGGUUUCUCUGUACAGGAAAAAUAAGGAAUGGACAUGACACGGUACUGACAUUCAAGUGAUGUAUGGUAACUUAAGAUAUUAAACAACAAGUGCAUCAAUUUUCUUCAGUUUGAUCAUAAACAUUAGAAUUUAUAAGGUGUCUCUAAAACUUGGAAGUCACUACUUUUAAAUCAGGCACCACAGUAUGAACCUAGUCGUGGAGGUCUUAUCUUAUUGUUCGUAGGAUCCGCGGCCCUUUGCCGCCCCGCGUAAAUGACUAUGGCAGAGAGUACAGUCGAUUCCUCCACCACUACUGACAAAGAUAAUAACAAUCAUCCAUUAGUUAUCAAUCACAAUCAUCGUAUCGUCGGUAAAUAUAAGAAAAGAAAAAGACUGAGUCAAGUAUUGGACAAACUCACAGCGGGAAAUACAUCUCCCCAUGAGAGUGAGCCGUCCCCCGAUAAUUCAGUAAACAACAACAAUGUUGCCGAAAUGUACAAUAACAAUAAAGGAGAUUUAACAAUCGAUAUGAUGCACGAGAAACAAUACAGACCCGAGGUAUUUAAAUUCGAUGUCACCGACAAAGACAAGUACAAAACUAUAAGCGAAGACGAAGAUGUUUUUAGUCCCGCGAGUUCAAGUAACAAGUCACCUCACAGUUCGACCGAUUCACCCCAGAUACGAUUUAGCCCGUUAAGGAUCAAGGAUGACGGAAGUCCAAGUCCUCCAUUAUUACAAAGACCGACAACUUGUCCUUGCUAUCAAUGCGUUACAGGAGUUGUUAUAGGACAUCAUCCGCCACCACUUCAUCCUUAUGACAGAUUUUUUCCGGCGUCACCUAUUUCACCUUUGACUCCAUCUUCUCCAGCGCCUACGUACAGCUUUGAACGUUACCUGCAUUCUAAGUACCUGCCAGAUAUAUUCCGCAAGAGAAGCCAUUCUGAUUCAGACUUACCUAUGUGGUUUGAAACUGCAAAAGCUGAAAGAGCGAGAGCUCCACCAUCCUGGCCACAUCCUCUGACACUUUCGACUGGUUGCGGCAAGGGAUCUGUUGAUUCGAAUGCUUGGUCUCCUCAAGAAUCUCCAUUGGAUCUGUCAAUGAAGUCAUCCAGAUGUCGAGAACGUUUGGAGUGCAUGAUUCCCCCUCCAUUACAAUUGAUUUCUCCUGGAUUUCUGCCUCCCCGAGGACCUGUUUCUGUACCUGUUGUUAAGGGUGACGUGGCGUCGCCCACUACAAAAGAAUCGGUCGCUUCAAGAUACAAUCUCGAAGUGUCACCCGUUGUUGAAGAGAUGCCACCGGGCUCCGAUGUUGCUUAUGUUUGCCCAGUGUGCGGUCAGAUGUUCAGUUUACAUGAUCGUCUAGCUAAACAUAUGGCUUCCAGACACAAAAGUCGACAAAACAACGGUGAAACCGCGGCAAAAGCUUACUUAUGCGAAGUAUGCAAAAGGUCUUUCGCUCGUAGUGACAUGCUCACUAGACACAUGAGACUGCAUACGGGAGUGAAGCCUUACACUUGUCGCGUUUGUGGUCAAGUGUUUUCGAGAUCUGAUCAUUUAUCCACUCAUCAAAGAACUCAUACUGGCGAGAAACCGUACAAAUGUCCUCAAUGUCCUUAUGCUGCUUGUAGAAGAGACAUGAUUACGAGGCACAUGAGAACGCACACACGAUUUGAACCGGAUCCCAUUGCCACUCAAAUAAAGGCUGAGCAAAUUAAGGCUGAAAAUCAUUGAGAUCUGUUUUGAAAUGUUAAUAAACGAGGUCCACGCCAAGAGUUAUAGGUAUUUAUUGUAAGGAGACGAGAUAUUUUCAAAUAUUUUUAUUUAUUUAUAGAGAACAAAUCUCAUAUACGAGGGUAGUUCGGGAAGUUAUGUUGCCUCUGAAAUCGUAAUUAUGUAGGUGAGUAAGAUAUUAUUGAUUACCUAAAUCAUUAAUAGUUGAUAAACUUUUAUUAACGUUACAGCAACGAUAAGUUUCCGAACAAUAAUGUUUUAAAUCACUAUUGAAUCCAAACUUUCUGUUUAAAGAAAUAGAAACAUCAGAUUCCAAUUACAUUUGACAGAUAAAUACACACAUCUAAUAUUGUUUUUUUUUUAAACAUCUGGUAUGAUUUGAUCGCAUCAGUAUUUAUAUAUAGGGUGUACCAAUCUUGGGCAAACGAUAGAUGGUUUAUAAGAGAUAUAAAGGAAAACAUCACCUAACCUAACCAAAACGAUAAUUAUGUGCUUAUCAAGCACGCCCUGUAGCUUUCGUGGCAUUAUUUGGACGCUAUUUAUUACUUUUUAUAGCUCUUUCUCUGUAUUUGGCCGGAACUCCUUCAAGCUAGUCACCACAUUAUUGGCAUAAUAUAAAUAACGCUGAUAUGUCCACCAGGUAGUAGCUAUUUCCUCAGCUCGUUUUUACCAAAGAGAUUUGAAAAUCACAAAUAUUGUAAGAUGAUCAUGGUACACCAAAAUGAUCUCUAUCCUGGUUAAGACUAGAAAUCAAUAAUAUAUAAAAAUUAACGGUAAAAUAAAAUUUUAUUGAACAAAUUAAAAAUUGCAUAUUCAGUUGACCUCCCCGCAGAAGCUGCAAAGUACAACUGAUUAAAUCAGAGAUAAAGGCGUGUUUUAAAACUUAUGUAUCGCUUAGAAGCGAUUAUAUUUUUUCUAAUACGCCUGUUUCUCGUCUAAUAUUCUGUAGAAUGAAAUAUAGAUCAUUUCAUAGAUGUCCGGCUGGAUUCAGGCAUUGCCUAAACCUUUUGUAAGAUGCUGGGGUUGAAACUUUACUCGUAACAGAUCUACGAGGGUUAUUUAAAUAUAAACUUGUUAUUUUUGCUCUAAAAUAUUUUAUUAAUGAGUUACACAGUUGAAAUAUUUAACAGUUUCUCUAGAUAGUCUCCGUCAAAUUAUAUACAUUUUUGUUACGUCUCCGGAAGCUUUCUGAUGCCCUUUUCCUAAAAAUCUUUCGUUUUGUCACGUAACUCGCCUCUCCAUGGGUUUCCAACUCAAUUCGGUCAAGGUUUCCAUCGUAAACCGUAUGCGUUUUGCGGCAAUAUCGCACGACGGAUUGGAAUAUCGCGUCGUUUUGAGGCAGGUUUUACCGUGUUUUUACUAUAAUACUACGCGUUCUUCAGUUCGUUGUUCAGUGAGAAAAUCAUACGCAAUUACUGCUCUUAUAUCCCAACACCUUCCCAGCUGAAAGUAUAACCUUCUCUUUAACUGGCGAGUCUUUGUCGUUUGACCUCCAAUCCAUAAGCGCACGUUUAUUCUCCAGAAUAUGGUGGUAUACCCAAGUCUCGUCUGAAGUGAAUAUUCGAUGCAAUAAAUUUUCUCCUCCCUCUUCAUACUAUUGCAGGAGACGCAUGAUUUUAUGCUCAAAAUUUAGACAGUCUUGGCACCCAUCAGACUGAUAUUAUUUGCUCAAAACUACCAACGCUAUUGCGUUUACGAAAACUAAAUUUUUCGCAUUCAUUCAAAAAUUACGGCUUGAACCCCCUCGUACUAUACUGUGGUUUACAUGAUAAUGAAGACAGUGUCUUUAGUUCCAAUACAGAUAUUCCCAUAUCGUAAGCUAUUUAUUAAAUGAACUUUCUCAUGUGGAAUAAAAUAUAUAAUGAUAGGUAAAACAUACAGGAACUGUUCAUUUAGUCAUUAUUUUCGAAAACUACGAUAUUUAAUGUGGAUAUUUAUCUGUUAAUAUAGUUACUUUAAAUUCUGAUUUAAUACUGACGAUUAGAUCACGUUUAACGCCCACAUAUUUUCCUCAGAAUUGUAUAAUAAUUGACUUUAACAUGUUGAACUUUGCCUUAUGUCAAUUGAUAACAUAAAGGGAGAGGCUUUAAUGUUGUAACCUCACUCAUCGAAAUGUAUAUUGGAAAAGAAGACCCAGCUGAUUUAGUUUUUGUGUAAUCAAUUCGAAUAUUUUUUAAUUUUUAUCUUUAAUUCAUGAGUUUGAGAAAUCUGCCUUAUAGACAACUAUUUAUAAUGUUUUCUCUGUUUAUAUUAAUAUUUAUUGGUCGUUAUUGUUGAUUCGAAUUUUCAUUCAACUUCUGGAUUAUAGUUAAGGUACUUGAUGCCAAAAAUUCAAAAGUGAGUUAUGGUCAUUUGGAGUUGCGAAAUCAGAACUUAUAUUUAAGUAUAAUUUCAAAAAUAUAUAUUCGAACAUUAUGAAUUUCUAAUAGAUGAUUACAUAUGUCCUUGUAGUGUAUUUGAAGGAAUAAAUAAUUUUACACUAUUAUCUGAACGCCAAGGGCGACGCUCAUACCCAAUGGUUCACAAUUAGUAACUUGGAUACAGGGACAAUCUGUACAACUCGAUAAAAUUUAUGGUUUAGGAGAUAUGAAGAUUUUUAGAUCGUUGUACAUGCCAAGAAAACCAUUCGCCAUAAAGAGACAUUCUGAACAAAAUUAUCAUAAAUUGUAAUUAUUUCAAACUGUGUAUUAUCGCACAUCGUGUUAUUUACAUUAGGAAAAAUUAGUUGGUUAGUCUACAAAACAUUCUACGGAGGAUAUUUCUUUCCAAGAUUCCGCCUUAUAGCGUCACAAUUGAAAUUUAUUCCAUCGAUCAUUUCGUUCCUUGUUUUUACUGGUGUUGCAUAUGCUUUCAAGAUAUCCUGAAAAAAAUGAAUCCAUUGUACUUAAUUUACGAAAACGUGGUGGUAAUGCAAAUAGACCUCCCCUACCAAUGCACCUAUUAGGAAAAAUUAUAUCAAAAUUAUCUUUUACAUCAUUUAGGAAAUUGGAAGGGGCUCCAUCGUGCAUGAACCACAUGUCUCCGCGAAUGUUUAGAGUUAUAUCACAUAACAUGAGUGGGAAAUCAUUUUCGUAUCACUGACCAUUCAGGUUAUUAUGGAUCUACUAAAUUAUUAUCAACUAUUCAUGCCCACACAUUAACACAAAAUUAAUUAAUAAAAUGUACUUUUCCAAUAAAUGUAUUAGCAAUUCAUAAUCCUCUAUUUGGUAUGCACUUUCUGGAUGUGAAAGUAGUGAAGAAGCUGCUCGUAAAGAAUCCUAUGAAUAGUUGACGUUGAUACGUUAGAUUGUAAUGUCAUUUUACGUACACUAGUUGUGUGAUCAGUAUCUUCUGCAUCUUGCUCGUACAGUUCGUUGUAGACCAUUUUUUGGUAGGAGGCUUCCUUAAUUCUUAUUCUUUAAAAAGUAAUGGAAACUAGUUUACUUAAUUUAUGUAGACAAACCUGUUUUGUGUUAGCUGUGAUCAACCCUAACAAAAGUUCCACUUGCGGGUGUAAUUCUGUCGGGAAAGCGUUCAGUAUACAACGUUUUAGUUUCUGACGAGUUCCCAAAACCAAAUCAUACAUCAAAUGCAUGUGACAUAUACACUAAAGGUGAAUUCUACCAUAAUGAAGCUUUAAAUAUGAUGUGAUAAUUAUUGAUGACGAGUUUUGAAAGGUUUGCAGCAAACUGAUAUUAACAAAUUAAAUCGCUUACAAUUUUUAAUUGAAUAUUAAGUAAUAACUUAUAUCUAAUAGAUUAAAAAUUAUUAUUAAUCUCUUUUAAGUUUUUUCUUGUUCCAGUAAUAUGAUAUUCGAUAGUAUGUAGUACAAAUUUAUUUAUUCUCAAUUCUUCAAGACAUGUUUGAUUGCGUUUUAAUUCCUCCUGUAAGUAUUUUUGAUAAAUAAUUACAAUUUUUGAUAAAGCGUACCUUUUUAUUGAAAAAUCGAUUGAACUAUUUAUUUUGUUUAUUUUUAUAUUGUACAGAUUGUCCUUGUAAAAGUUACGGAUUGCUAGUCAUUGAGCAUGAGCCGCCCCUGGCCUUCAGAUUAUAGUGUAGAAUUAUUUAUUUCGUCAAAUACACUACAUGGAUAUACGUAAUCAUUCAUUAGAAAUCAUGAUGUUAUAAUGUAUAAUUUAGAAGAUAUACUUAAAUAUAAGUUCUGAUUUCGCAGCUUUAUGUAACAGCACGUCAUCUACUCACUCCCGGAUCAUCCUGUAUACUUUGCUACGUAUUGAUAUCCUUAUACAAAAAAAUGUUAUUUUGCAACGAAAAUUAUUUUUAGCUUUUGAAUUCCACAUCACAUAACCGGUUUCAAUGGUAAAAACUCUCCCUGUACAUUUGAUAUUUACUUAAAACUCGACUCUCAUGUCUUAAGCGUUUUUGUCCAUAAAAUUAUUUAUUCUAUUAAUUGUUAUCUCAUUAGUUAUAACUAUGAUCGUGUAUUACUGAAAAUACUUAUUGGGACCAAAAAAAAAGUUUUUCUACAUUGCUGUAAGUGAAUUUUUGAACAUUUUAAUUUAUUUCGAAUUUUUAUCUAGUCUUUAAAGCGUACUGGAAUUCCCUUUAGUAUUUUUAGUUUCCACUAAAUACGAGAAUUUUGUUCAACAAUGUUGAAAUGUUUCGACUUUCUCUUUGUUUAGUUUAAGAAAAUUUUGAAAAAUGUUGUUACGUAUGACAAAGCCAUCCUUUUUAUUAUGAGGCUGUGGUUUCUAUACAGUAAUUGUUGUCGGUUCGUUUUUUAAUUUAAAAUGUUUGUAUGUUUAUGCUAUAUUAGCAAAGUUGUGUAUUUUUAUUAAAUUUUCAAUAAAACAAUAAAUUUUUA